AAUGCUUGGAUGGCUAACCACUCCCCGACCAAUAUAAAUAGCCUUACGUGCCAAGCUCAUUUGUCUUCAACACUCUACUUGGUCUUGUUUGUAGAUUUGUUCUCUCUCCUAAGUUUUUUUCCCCCCUCUUAAUUUGCACCCAAAACAAGUUCCCCCUCCUCCUUCCGGCCCCUUCCCUUUUACGGUUUGAUCUUUGACCCUAAAAUGGGCGGAAGUUCACCGUGCGCCUCCUGCAAGUUGUUGCGCCGCCGCUGCGCAAAGGACUGCGUCUUUGCCCCUUACUUCCCUCCGGAUGACCCCCACAAGUUUGCCAUUGUUCACAAGGUCUUUGGCGCUAGCAAUGUCAGCAAGAUGUUGCAGGAGCUUCCGCUGCACCAGAGAUCAGACGCGGUGAGCAGUUUAGUAUUCGAAGCGAACGCGAGAUUGCGGGACCCGGUGUACGGAUGCGUGGGAGCCAUAUCUUUCCUACAGAAUCAGGUGUCGCAGCUGCAGAUGCAGCUCACGGUUGCUCAGGCGGAGAUCCUGUGCAUUCAGAUGCAACAGAAUGAGCCCGGUUUAAUGCCGACGACCCAGAUAUCGAUGAACGAUUCCGACGAGAGAUCAGUUCUCUUGUCCAGCAACAGCACUAGUACCAGUAACUUGAUCAUGAUGAGUAACCAGCAGUUUCCGCAGUACCUGGGGUUUGCUAAUUCUUCUCCUGCUAGCAGUGUAAUAGUCCAAGAUCCCCGGAAGAGAGAGUCUCUUUGGACAUGAUCAUCAUCUCGUUCAUCCUUUUUCAGUGAAAGUAGUGAUCCAAUGUUGUAAGGAGCAACUCUUUUUGAUUAGGAGACCUUUUUGCUAAUCCCUAAUUAAAGUGC